GGCCAUUCUUUUAUUUGACGAAUAUAGUCAGUCGCUCGUUUUGCAUUUCACAACUGCGUGCUGAAAUUUGCAUCCUCGUUUUAAUAAGUUGCAUCUAGUUUAGAAACCUAAACUUGUUAGAAACUCGUGUGCUUGAGCCAGUGCUGUAGUUGAAUGACGGCAGAAUGUCAUCUCGUCUAAAUUUAGUGCGAACUUUUCUCAGUCAGUCGAGCUCAUCUGGCGAUGCCGAUCGCUCAUUGCCACUUUCGGGUGGAACCCCCAGCGAAGGGGUUGAUAGCGGGUUUCAAACACGUACACCGGACAGCACUCCGACAACGCAGCGCAAAGUUAUCGGGCGUGGUCAAUUGACAUCCGGGAUAGGAACUACCAUCGCUACCGGCAUCGGAACGGGAACAUCUUCCGAGUCCGAUCAACAAUCAAGCAUUGCCACCGCUGCUCCAUCGACUUUGGGACGGGGACGGGCUCAGUUCAUUCAAGCGCUUAUUCGACAACCGCUGGAAUCGACACGAUCGGUUGUGUCUGAAGAUGCCAGUUCCGUUGUCUCGGCCAGAAUUUCUACAAUCGGUGGUGGACGAGGACGGUUCAUUCAGCAGUUGCUAAAUACGGCUCAGGAUGUGUCGGGUGUGGUUACACCAACAUCUAACGGGAGCAAGAAAGAUUCAGAUCUGUCGGAGAAAAUGUCUCAGGCCACGAUCAGUGCGGUAGAAACUAUCGACGUGGAGAAGGCUCCUCUCGUGAAGACGGGAACAAAAGGAACUCCUGUUCAAUUGAUGACCAACUACAUCCGCAUUGCAUGUGAUCCGGAUCGUGGAAUCUACGAGUACGAAGUUCGUUUUUCGCCUGAAGUCGAUUCGAAGGCUUCCCGUGCUCGAUAUAUCGCUCAACAUGCAAAUGUGAUUGGCAACGCUAAAACCUUCGACGGGGUUAAACUGUACCUGCCGAAGAAACUGCCCAACGCGGAUACCAUUCUCUACGCGAACAAUCCUGUAGACGGCCAUCAAGUUACAAUAAAGAUUAUGUAUAAGCGCAAGCAAAGAAUGAGCGAAAACGUUCAGUUCUACAACAUUCUGUUCCAAAGGAUAAUGAAAGUUCUCAAGAUGGUCGAAAUGGCUCGUAAGAAUUUUGACCCCUCGGCACCGAAGUUGAUUCCUCAGCAUCGGUUGGAAAUUUGGCCGGGGUACGUGAGUGCGGUGGAUGAAUACGAAGGUGGGCUGAUGUUAAAUUUGGACGUUUCCCAUCGCGUUCUACUCCAAACGACCGUCCUUGAUCAUAUCAAAACUUUGGCUCGAGCAAAUCCGCAGGAUUACAAAAAUAUGUCCACAAAGUCGUUACUCGGUGCGGUUAUCUUGACUCGUUACAAUAACAAAACUUACCGCAUCGAUGACAUUCUGUUCGAUCAGAAUCCAACUAUGACAUUCCAGGCAAGCGGCAAGGAUAUUUCUUACAUUCAGUAUUACAAGCAACAGUACAACAUUGACAUUCAGGAUUUGAAGCAGCCGUUGUUGAUUCACCGCAAGGAGCGCCGCGUGGCUGGCCAGGAUAAACCACAGGAGAUGAUGAUGUGCCUUAUUCCGGAAAUCUGUUACCUGACUGGGCUGACGGACGAAAUGCGAAGCGAUUUCAAAGUAAUGCGGGACAUUGCUGCCUUCACUCGGGUGUCGCCGAAUCAACGUUGGAAUAGUAUGAAGCAAUUUUGCCGAAAUGUCAAUGAAAACCGUGAGGCUCGAGAAAUCUUGGAAGUUUGGGGACUGAAGUUGGACAUGGAUCCAUUGAUAAUGCAGGGCAGAUGUUUCGACGAAGAAAAGGUCAUCUUCGGGAAUGCUCAGAUUGGUGUUGGCAGGAACGGUGAUUUCAAUCGUGCUGUCACCAGUAACCAUAUGUUACAAGUGGUUAACAUUCGGAACUGGCUGCUGAUCCACACGGCAAAGGAUAUCAAGAUAGCUAGGUCUUUUAUGGAUUGCGUCGAUCGAAGUUGCCGCCCAAUGGGUAUCCAGAUUGUUCCGCCACAAAUUGAAGUACUGAACUCCGAUCGAACGGAACAGUAUGUUCAAGUUUUACGCACGAAAAUAAAUCAGGACACGCAAAUCGUGGUUAUCAUUUGUCCAACAUCCCGAGACGAUCGAUACGCUGCCAUUAAGCGAAUCUGCUGCUCGGAGAUUCCGGUGCCUUCGCAGGUCAUCAAUGCUCGAACGCUUAGCAAUGAGGCAAAGAAUCGAGCAAUCGUACAGAAAAUUAUUCUUCAGAUGAACUGCAAACUGGGAGGCACGUUGUGGAGCAUUAAGAUUCCGUUCAACAACGUCAUGAUUGCUGGCAUCGAUACCUAUCACGAUCCGAAGCAGAAGAGCAGCUCGGUAUCGGCUUUCGUGGCCUCACUGAACGGUGAAUACACCCGAUGGUACUCGCGGGCUUGCAUUCAAAAUAAAAAAGAAGAGUUCAUGAAUGGGCUAUGCGCGUCACUGGAAAAAUCUUUGAAGGCAUACCAGAAAUUGAACUGCGUUUUACCCGCAAAGAUCAUCAUUUUCAGAGAUGGUGUCGGUGAUGGUCAGCUGAAGAUGUGCGCAGAAUACGAAAUACCUCAAUUGCAGGAGGCUUGCAAACUACUGGCACCCGACUAUUGCCCUGAGUUUGCUUUCAUCGUAGUUCAAAAACGCAUCAACACCCGAAUGUUCCGAGUCGACGCAUCUAACCUGGACAAUCCAAACCCGGGAACGGUACUCGAUCACACCGUGACCAGGCGGCAUCAUUUCGACUACUUCCUGGUACCGCAAUCCGUCCGACAGGGCAGUGUUUCGCCGACCCAUUACAUCGUGGUCCACAAUCAACCGGACUAUUGCCCGGACAUUCUGCAGCGACUCAGCUACAAACUGUGCUAUUUGUACUAUAACUGGCCCGGAAGUGUGCGAGUUCCAGCUUGCUGCCAGUACGCACACAAAAUGGCCUAUCUGAUAGGUCAAUCCGUGAAACGCAAUCCCGACGAGAUUUUGAACGAUAAGCUUUUCUACCUGUAGGAAACGAGUCCCGUUGUUUGUUUUCUCAUUUUCAUUUCUCAUUCAUCAGGAGCAUUAGAGUUGAUUUCCUUUUUUAUCCUACGUUUUAUCUGCAAAGUUAUGAGAUCAAAUCCCAUGACCAUGACCAUAAAGCUGACUUGUUAAGUGUCUUAGAAUUUAGUGAGUAGCUUAGUAUUUCACGUGAGAGAAUCGAUGCCAAAUUUGAGAGAAACUAUUUUUUUAAAUCUCGUUUUGUUUGCUAAUGGAUCAUUGAGUCGUACUAUUGUAUUUGAAGAUUGCCUACGAUCUACAAGGACUGGCUCUAUUUUUUUUAAAGAAACGUUCUUCAAUGAUUCAUUGAAGAUUUUGUGAAUUGCUGUUAAACAGAAAACGAAGAAAUUAUUGUUUUUGUUUUCAUAUAUUGGUGUUAACUCUUUGAAAUCAUAACUAUUAUAUAACCGAAUCUACGAGUCCAGUGAGGUAACAUCAAUGCAAUAAACAUAGUCAUGAUGUCAAACAGUUGAUAUCAUCAAUCAUGAAA